AUGCCGACGGUGGAGGAGCUCUACCGCAACUACGGCAUCCUAGCCGAUGCCACGGAGCAAGUGGGCCAGCAUAAAGAUGCCUAUCAAGUGAUAUUGGAUGGUGUGAAAGGUGGUACCAAGGAAAAAAGAUUAGCAGCUCAGUUUAUUCCAAAAUUCUUUAAGCAUUUUCCAGAAUUGGCUGAUUCUGCUAUCAAUGCACAGUUAGACCUCUGUGAGGAUGAAGAUGUAUCAAUUCGACGGCAAGCAAUUAAAGAGCUUCCUCAAUUUGCCACUGGAGAAAAUCUUCCCCGAGUGGCAGAUAUUCUAACCCAACUUUUGCAAACAGAUGACUCUGCAGAAUUUAACUUAGUGAACAAUGCCCUGUUAAGUAUAUUUAAGAUGGACGCAAAAGGAACUUUAGGUGGCUUAUUCAGCCAAAUCCUUCAAGGAGAAGACAUUGUUAGAGAACGAGCCAUCAAAUUCCUUUCUACAAAACUUAAGACUUUACCAGAUGAAGUCUUAACAAAGGAAGUAGAGGAACUUAUUCUAACAGAAUCCAAAAAGGUCCUAGAAGAUGUGACUGGUGAAGAAUUUGUCUUGUUCAUGAAGAUACUGUCUGGGUUAAAGAGCUUACAGACAGUGAGUGGAAGGCAGCAACUUGUAGAGUUGGUGGCUGAACAGGCUGAUCUGGAACAAACCUUCAACCCGUCAGAUCCUGACUGUGUGGACAGGCUCUUACAGUGCACUCGGCAGGCGGUACCCCUCUUCUCUAAAAAUGUGCAUUCCACAAGGUUUGUGACUUACUUCUGUGAGCAGGUUCUACCUAACCUCAGUUCCUUAACUACUCCAGUGGAGGGUCUUGAUAUACAGUUGGAGGUAUUGAAACUGUUGGCGGAAAUGAGUUCAUUUUGUGGUGACAUGGAAAAGCUAGAAACAAAUUUAAGGAAACUGUUUGAUAAGUUAUUGGAGUACAUGCCUCUCCCUCCAGAAGAAGCAGAAAAUGGGGAGAAUGCUGGUAAUGAAGAACCUAAGCUGCAAUUCAGUUAUGUGGAAUGUUUGUUGUACAGCUUCCACCAGUUGGGCCGAAAACUUCCAGAUUUCUUAACAGCCAAACUGAAUGCAGAAAAGCUCAAAGAUUUUAAAAUUAGGCUGCAGUACUUUGCACGGGGCCUGCAGGUUUAUAUUAGACAACUUCGGUUGGCUCUCCAGGGCAAAACAGGCGAGGCCUUAAAAACAGAUGAGAACAAGAUUAAAGUUGUUGCAUUGAAAAUAACAAAUAACAUCAAUGUUUUAAUCAAGGAUCUCUUUCACAUUCCUCCCUCUUAUAAGAGCACAGUAACAUUAUCCUGGAAACCUGUACAGAAAGUUGAAAUUGGGCAGAAGAGAGCCAAUGAAGAUACAACUUCUGGUUCACCACCCAAGAAAUCUCCAGCAGGACCAAAAAGAGAUGCAAGGCAGAUUUAUAAUCCUCCUAGCGGGAAAUAUAGCAGCAAUCUGGGCAACUUUAAUUAUGAGCAGAGAGGAGCCUUCAGGGGAAGUAGAGGUGGCCGAGGUUGGGGAGCACGAGGAAAUCGAAGUCGAGGAAGACUCUACUGA